UGAGCACUGUAGGACAGGUGUUUGCUCCUCAGUCCCCAGCCUGCCCUGCCUGCGACCAGAGCCAGCCGCCCGCCACCUCUCGAAGGCUCGCUCACAUCCCCGCGCCCUCCCUCCCGCGUCCCGGGCCCGGGGGCCCGCGAUGGCCUGCCGCUCCUGCGUCGUUGGCUUCAGCAGCCUCAGCAGCUGUGAGGUGACCCCUGCGGGCGGCCCCCGGCCUGGGACUUCGGGAUGGGGCAGCUGCGGGACCCCCGGGCCAGGCUUCAGCUCCCGCAGCCUCACAAGCUGCGAGGCGGCCGGCACCAUCCCCAAGGUAACCGUGAACUCCAGCCUGCUGGUGCCCCUGGACCUCAAAGUGGACCCAGCCAUCCAGCAGCAGAAGAACCAGGAGAAGGAGGAGAUGAAGGUCCUCAAUGAUAAAUUUGCCUCCCUGAUUGGCAAGGUGCAAGCCCUGGAGCAGCGCAACCAGCUGCUAGAGACCCGCUGGCGCUUCCUGCAAGGCCAGGACUCGGGCACCUUCGACCUCGGGCACCACUAUGAGGAGUACCAGGGCCGGCUGCAGGAGGAGCUGCGCAAGGUGAGCCAGGAGCGGGGACAGCUGGAGGCCAACCUGCUGCAGGUGCUCGAGAAGGUCGAGGAGUUUCGGAUCAGGUAUGAGGAGGAGAUCUCCAGGCGCACAGACAUGGAGUUCACCUUCGUGCAGCUGAAGAAGGACCUGGAUGCCGAGUGCCUUCGUCGGACCGAGCUGGAGACCAAGCUCAAAGGCUUGCAGAGCUUCGUGGAGCUGAUGAGAAGCAUCUACGAGCAGGAGCUGAAGGACCUGGCAGCCCAAGUGAAGGACGUGUCGGUGACCGUGGGCGUGGACAGCCGCUGCCCCGUGGACCUGAGCGGCAUCGUGGAGGAGGUGAAGGUGCAGUACGACGCCAUCGCGGCCCGCAGCCUGGAGGAAGCCGAGGCCCACUCCCGGAGACAGCUGGAGGAGCGGGUCGCCUGCGCAGCUGGGUUUGGGAGCAGCCUCCAGACCAGCCGCGGUGAGAUCGCGGACCUCAACGUGCGCAUCCAGAAGCUUCGAUCCCAGAUCCUCUCCAUCAAGAGCCACUGCCUGAAGCUGGAGGAGAGCAUCAAGGCGGCCGAGGAGCAGGGCGAGCUGACCUUCCAGGACGCCAAGCACAAGCUGGCCCAGCUGGAGGCCGCCCUGCACCAGGCCAAGCAGGACAUGGCCCGGCAGCUGCGCGAGUACCAGGAGCUCAUGAACACCAAGCUGGCCCUGGACAUCGAGAUCGCCACCUACCGCAAGCUGGUGGAGGGCGAGGAGUGCAGGAUGGACCUGCCUUCGGCCGCCGUGGUCAGCGUGGUGCAGUCCAGAUCCAGACCCGCGGCCUCCAAGCCCGGCCUUGCGGCGAGGGCUCCCUCCCGGAAAAAGAAGAACAAAAAAGGCCCCGUGAUCAAAAUCACUGAAAUGUCUGAGAAGUUCCUGUCGCAGGAGUCCGAGGUCUCAGAGUAAGGCAGCGGGACCCAGGCGCCCGGGUCCCUCCCGGCCGCCCGAGGGCCUCCAGCCAGACUCAGGCCGUGGUGUGGAGCCUGAUCCGGGACUGAAAGGGAGGGGGUUCAAAGCCGGGGCUGCUUUUCUGUGGGUUGCGGGGAGCUGGGGGGCACACGGGAGUGUCCCCGGCCAUUCAGAAGCAGCCGCUCCAUCUCAAUGUUUCAGCCCUACCCUUCCAACCUCUGGCCAGACUGGGUAAACUGGAAUGGGGGUCAGGUGUAUCUCCACCUCCUUUCCCCUCUGAGGCUCCUCCCCAAACAGAGGGCUCUGACCAAGGAACCUUUGACCCCUUUUGCCCAACCCUUGCCCUAAACUCACUUAUCAAGCCUCACCUUGCCUCUGCCUCAGGACCGAGGCUGGCGCCCUCGUCCACCCACCCCCAGCCAGUCAGGGAUCAGGAGCCGAGGAGGGCGGCUUGGGCCCCCUCCCCACAUCCGGAGCUCCUGCAGAGGCUGGGUGCUGAGCACCACCUGGGGCCCCCCAGAGACCUGACAGUAUUAGGGAGUGAAGGGAGGGAGCUCCCCAGGUGUGUGGGACCUGAGCCUGGACCUCUGAGGUCAGCCCAGACAUGCGUGCCCCUUCCCUCCUCCCGCGGGGCCCUCACGGUGGGCCAGUCAGGGUUGCACAGGCUGCCCAGGCAGCUCCUGGCUCCUUCUCCAGAAGCUCUUCUUGCCAUGAUAAAACCAAACCCCCUGUGAGAGGGAGGCCAGAUGGCAGCCUGACACCAGGCAGGGGAAUCUGGCCCUCUCUUCCCCUCCCUGCCAUCCCGGGGUUCACCACCCAGCCCAGGGUGCAAGCUCUCUGCCCCCCUGCUCCCCCACCACACAUACCCCUCCCCACGCCUAGGCGAUUCCCAAGCCUGAAUCCUGGCUUUGGUGUCCCAGGCCCUGGAGACCCCUAGCGCCACCUCCACCACAAAACCCUGGGCCAUUUCCCACAAAUCCCAACUCUCGGGGUCCCUGUUCUCUCCAUCAGGCCAAACAGCCCGGCCCGCCCCUCCACCCCUUCUUCAUUUACUGAGGAGCCCGGCACAUCCCACACCUGUGGGGUUAGAGCUCCUUCUUCUCUUCCCCGUCCGCCCCCGCCUCCUACAAAGCCCACUCCCCUGCCUGCCCCGGCGGGGUGGGGGGCGCGUGAAGAAGGCACAGUCCAGGCAGGUCUGGGAGUCUCUGAGCCCUUCCCGUUGGGCUGGGGAGCCCCAGUGACAACCAAAAAGGAAUUCGGCAUCCAAAGAGAAGAUCUGGUGCUGGGAGGAGCAUGCCUCUUUCCUCAUCUUGGCUCUCACUUUUGGGGCUUGCAUGGGGAUCCUGGCAGCUCCGGCCGCCCCCUCCACCACCCACCCUCCCCCCCCAGCCCUCUCCCUCCCUGCCCCUCGCCCCAUCCCUCUGCUGACCCCAGUCUUCAAUUCCUUCAUCUCACUUUCCGGGACAUGUCCCCCAAGGCCUCGGCCCCAGCAAGGCCUCAAGGUCCUCCACGCCUGUGGGGGAAUGUCAGGCUGGAGGGAACUCAGACAUACACUCAUCCCUGAAGUCCCAAAAGGGUGCUGAUUGCUGCUUUUUCUCUGCCUAUUUAUUGGUUUCCGAGGGAGCAAAUCCUCAGUGGGGAUACGAGAUAUAUAAAGUAUAUAUAUAUAUAUAUUAUUUUUCAUAACUUAUGUGGCUUUUAACUUAUUGCUUCCCUUCCUGUUUCUGCAUAUCAGUGCUGUAUUUACUAUCUGGGCAGACAACACGUAUCCCAGCCACCCCACCUGGCUGGCUGACUAUCCUGAGGGCAAUGCCCCCGCCUCCUGCCAAGGGAUGAAUAAAGUGCUGAGAUUUGUCCAUGGA